AUGGUGUCACUGGACCCUGAUCCUCGCUCCGGCCAGGAGCAAAUUUGUUUAAAAGCGGAAUCCGAUGACAGCCCUGUCGUGAAAUCCUCGCAAUAUGCCAGUGACGUGAAAGAAAUCUCCCGGCACAUCUUGGAUAUUUUCUUGGAGUGUGCACUCAACAAGUUUGAGUAUACAGAGAAUCAUCUCGACAGCAGUGGAGACGACUUUCUUUCUUUGAUAGGUCGCUUUGUCGCCCAGGGUGCGCGUGUGCAGGCUUGUCUCCCUGCAUUCCCCUUCAAGUCGGCGAACAAGGUGUACAAGGUGCUCGGUAGCCUGCCAGACAAGGCGGAGGAGCUGGCACUGGACCGAUUAAAUACCCUGUGCAUGCGAAUUCAAGACAUUUAUUCUCCCGGUGCUGAGAUUGUCGUUAUUUCAGAUGGAAUUGUCUACAAUGACUUGUUAUGUAUUUCGGAUCAGGAAACAUGGCAUUAUGGCGAAGCCCUGCGUAAGAUGGCGAGUGAGCAAGGCUUCGACAACAUUUCAUUUUCGAGGAUUCGAGAUCUGCUCAACUUCCCUGUUCCCGAGGAACUGACUGAGAUUGUCUAUGUCGCCAACUGCACCAACUUUCGCCGCUUGCUCCUGAACAGAUAUGGCAAGGCCAAGCUCGACAUUGAUCAUGAAAUUGCCACAAACCCAGAUACAAAGUUGACUUAUCUUGGAUAUAAGCGAUUCCUGGAAUCCGAUCUUCAGUACAUCUUUCCUCGAGGGGAGCAUCGCUCUGCCCACAGUUACAAACGAGAUUGCAAGUAUCUGGCGAAGCAAAUGCUCACAAGAGGAUAUGCUUUUGCAGGGGCCGUCAAGGAUGCAUUCUCCAAUCAUCUACGGCUUUCCAUCCACGAAUCCAUCAGCGGUACCAAGAUACCCAUUAGUUUGCUGAAUACCAGGACGGGCUUCACUACCCCAUGGCAUUGCGCAGUGGCUCAACUCGCAGAUGGAUCAUGGGUCAGUGCUCCUAUGGGCGAGUUCAGCCAAGAUAGUCGCCUGGAAGUGGUUCAUGUCGAUGGAACUCCCAAUUACUACCGAGAGAAGAUAUCCGAUGCGGGGCAUGUCGCCAUUUGCGAGAAAACGGCACGCUAUCUCCAGUCGGCUAAAUACAUCAACGCCACUGCGUAUGUCAAUGGCGCAUUCCAGGCUGCAUUAUCACUUACAUCCUCCCCUAGCGAAGCUUCACUCUCUUCAUCUGGAAUUAAAUCACCUGACAGUACUUUCACCACCCCAGAAGCUCAACUAACGCCACAGCUUUCGCCUUCACAGUCUGGGCUGGGUAUCACUUUCCCUCUGAAGCCUUACAUUGCGUCAACACAGUCAGAGGCAGAGACUACGGUUUCAGAAGCAUACGGCAGAAGGCUCAUCCCGCAGAUAAUGGAUAGUCUUGCUGCUUCCGAGCCUGAAAGGGUCGUUUUCCCCUUGCAUCACUCUCGAAUGGGCUCCUUCAGCUUGACCCCAUUUCUGCUAGACAAUUCACCCGAGCAGUCGACAAGACCGCCUGAUGAUCUACGGCAUGUUAUUUUGACAUAUGCAUGUGUCAAGGCGGGCUACGCAGCUUUGUUUUUGUCACCGAAAAAUAACACAGAUGGAAUUCUAGCAGUACUCACAGCAACGGACUGCAAUAUCUGGGUUGAUCCAGUUGACACUUCUCCUGUCCCUGUGGUCAAGGACGUUCUGCAGAAACGGCCAAUGAAGUCUUUGCAACUUCCCAUGCUCCACGAACUUCUUGAUGCGGAGUCCACCGAAGCUUUCCCGUACACUAAAAGUUUUGAUGACGCUAUAAAUGAUCCAUUCUGUUACUUGCAUACGUCUGGAAGUACUGGGUUGCCGAAACCCAUUCCCUGGUCCCAUGGGCUCAUUGGUACUAUGGAUGCAGUACGGCUACUGCCGCCCGUGGGCGAAAAUGCCGAUUUGGUUCCUUGGACUUCAGACUGGAAUGAAGGGGACAUGAUAUACUCAUCGUUUCCAAUGAGUCACGGAGCUGGAAUCAUUAUGGAUAUUUUGAUGCCUGCACUUUUCAAUCUUCACUGUGUGUUGGGGCCAGUGGGUGUAUUGCCAAAUCUUAAUCUGGUCGAAAGACUAGCAGUGGACGUGAGGCCUGACAUAUGGAGUAUGGUCCCCUCUCUUGUCGACGAACUGGGUGAAACCCCUGAAAUCUUGGAAAAGCUCCGGCCGAGCAAGUUCAUCUGUGCAUCUGGAGGUCCCGUUAGUCCUGUUAGCUCCGGCAAGGUAAAUGAAGUGGUCAGAGUUCUUAACUUGACCGGUACGACAGAAGGUCUCUUCAUUGGGAAUUUGAAGCCGGAGCGAGAAGAUUGGUUCUGGUUCUGCUUCCAUCCAUUCUCCGGCUUCGAGUUUAAAGAGCUUGAAACGGAUACCUACGAGCAUUGGGUACAUCGGAAUGAGCAUUGGCCUCUCUUUCAGGGGAUCUUCCACACAUUUCCAGAUAAAGAUUCGAUCAACUUUAAGGACCUCUACAUGCGGCACCCUACCAAACAGAACUUAUGGGCCUUCAAGGGAAGAAGUGAUGAUCUUGUCGUCUUGUCGAAUGGGUAUAAAAUUUCGCCCCUUGAGACAGAGGCAUUUAUCACUACUCAUCCUGCUGUCCGUGGUUGCCUCAUCUUUGGAACUGGGAAGCCUCAAGCAGGUCUACUCAUUGAGCUCAAUGAUCCGUUCAAGAAAUCAGCCGAUCUCAUUGACAGCAUCUGGAAAACGGUCCAGAGGGCUAACUCUAUGUCUCAACACAAGAAUCAGUUACUCAAGGACUUUGUCACUUUCGCAUUACCUGACAAGCCCUUCUUACGAACAGACAAGGGGACCGUGAAACGAGCAACAACAUUGGCGCUGUAUUCUGAAUACUUUGAGCGUUUCUACAGUUCGCGCAAUGAUGAUUCCGAUCAAGCUAUCAGUCUCGAUCUGAGCUCUACCAAAGCGACCGAGGACUCCAUCCGGACGAUUAUCAGCUCCUUUCUUUCGGACAACCAGGACGUGCUUGCAGACACAGAUUUUUUUACAUUUGGACUUGACUCUCUUGGUGUCUUUGCGGCUGUGAAAGCAAUUCGGGCAGCUUCAGGCUUGGGUGAUAAAAUCGCGCCUCGUCACGUCUACGCCCAUCCAACUAUUGCAAGCCUUGCUGCAACAGUUUCUACGCUAAUUGAAGAGGCAAAAAGUGCUAAUGAUGAGAAUCCUUUGGAUAAAGUGUUGGAUGAUGAUGCUUCUACGGUGAAGGAUAUGAUUGCUCAGCACAAGGCGCGACAGUCUUUCCGCUUAAAUGCAUUCGAUUACGUUAACCCCAAUCAUGGCAUGGGCAUCAUGCUUUACUUUUCUAUUCACGAGGAAAUAUCUUUUGAGCAAUGGCAAGAUGAUGCAUUGCUCCGAGCAAGAAAUUGGCUACAAAAAGGAGAUCUCUGCGUGACAAUUCCACCACUGUCCAUGGCAGCCUCUGCGCGAAACCGUCUGCUGUACAAGGAUCUCUCACAUAUUCUUCAACCAUUUGAGAAGUUGAAGGAGGCGGGCUUCCCACCGUCUGCUUUCCCAGACGGCCUUGUUCUGCGAGACGAUCCCUUCCCGAAAUUCCCUGCAGACAUAUUCUCUGGCCAAGUAAACUUUUUUUCUGGUGGUUGUGUUAUUGCGGUUGACUUCAAUCACUGUUGUCUCGACGGUCUCGGAGUCAUGGUUGUUCUCAAGGCCUGGGCGGAGAAUUGCAGAUAUCUACAAGGUGAUCAAACGGCAACAUGCACCUGGUACGAUUCUGAGAGCUUCAACCACGCCUUACCGGAGAUCAUCCACGAGCACGAGGGAUGGGCCCGACCGGUGGAAGAGAUUGACCCUGGUACAUGGGGGUUCUUACCCUUUUUUCCACCUGUUUCCGUUACCAGCAAUAACCAUACUUUGCCUGCUGCGCCUGAUUUCAAGUUGCAUAAUAUCUGGCCACUGCCACGGGCUGAACGGUGUCCCAAAACUACGAUGUUCCUGAUCAAGCCGGAACAGCUUGAGAAGAUGAAGCAAGAUGUCGUUUCUGAUCCCGAAAGCAAGGGGAUCAUCAAAUCAAUCAGUGAUAUUGUCCAAGCAUUCCUGUGGCGAGCUUCCAUCCGAGUGCGACACAGGGUGGCAACGGAGAUCCGGAAGGAGACAUUCAAGCCAGACGAAGUGUCCAUUCUUGAGCUCCCCACUGAUGGGCGUCCAUACUUCUCUGCACUAUUGCCCGAAACAUAUAUGGGUAGCCUAUUGAUCCUCAAUCGAUCAACCAUGCCGAUUGAGACACUGUGCUCUGAUCAGACCACCAUUGGCCGUGUCGCGUAUCUCCUCCGUGAGUCCGCCGCACGCAUCACCCCUUCUGUCGUCCACGACGCGUUGUCAAUUUUGCAGGCACUACCGGACCACUCACGAUUCUCCACGGCAAAUAUGGGGCUUGAGCAUAUGCAUGCUAUGAUUUCCAACAUGAUGCUAUUUCCAACCAAUGAGGUUUGUUUUGGAGAUGCCUUCUUUGGUAAUAGAGGAUAUCUUGAGUCGUUGAGGCCACAGCUGGAGCGUGGAAAUGGACGGUUCCGAUUCCUCGUGAUUCUCCCAUUCAGAGAAGACGGGGGCAUCGAGCUUGCGUUUAGUACAUAUCCCGAGGAGUUGGAGAUGUUCCAGGCAGAUGAAGAGUUUACGAAGUACGCUGAGAUUCUCAAUCCUUGCUGCUGA